AUAUCAGGGGCCUAAUGCUCGUACUCGAUAUAGAGUGAGAUUUUGUUCGAAGUUAAAUUACGAUCCGUAGUUACUAAUUGAAUGAUACGACUCGAAUGGAAUUAUUCAAAAAUUUAUCGAUUAUUGUCAAAAAAUAAUCGAAAUAUCCACAAUCGAAACAUAUGUUUUCAUCCAAAAAAAGUAAAAAAAACAAUUGUUUGCCGCUUCAUUAAAAGUUGAAAAAAAAUAUGGAUACGUGUUUUUUUGUAUUAUCCUCUUCGGAAGAUGAGGACGGUAAUAAUAUAAAAAUAAUAAGAAGACAAAUUCGAGAACGUAGUGACCCCUUAUCAUUGUCAGAAAAUGCAUUCCGUCAACGAUUUAGACUGACAAAAGAAGCUUUUCGAUAUGUGUUAUCUAGACUAGAUUUCUCCGGACAUAUGACAUCGUCCAUUCCGGCAGUUCUACAAUUGGCAUCAACUUUAUCACUCUUGGCCAGUGGAAGUUUUCAGCACACUGUGGGUAAUGAUUUUCUGAUUGGAAUGAGCCAAAGCGCAACCUGCAGGGUUGUCCAGCGAGUCGCAAAAGAAAUGGAACUAAAGCUUUGUGCAGAACACAUCAACUUUUCACCAGACCAGUCGGCUUUGUGUAUGGAACAUUUCUGUACAAAGUUUCGGAUUCCUGGAGUAAUUGGAUGUGUAGAUGGAACACAUUUUGGAUUGCAGAAACCCACCGAAAACGAACACAUGUUCUUCAACCGAAAGGGAUACCAUAGUCUAAAUUCCAUGAUUAUCUGUGAUCACCAACACAUAAUUACGGCGAUACUUUCAAAAUAUGGAGGGGCAGCACACGAUUCCUUCGUUUGGAAGCAUUCCGACGAAAGGCGAUUGUUGGAACAAAUGUACACAAACAACAGCUUCAAAAACGGGUGGCUUUUAGCAGACUCAGGGUAUCCUCUGGAGCCGUGGUGUAUUACACCGUAUAGGAAUCCUGCCGAUGGGUCACCUGAAUCAAAAUUUAAUGAGGUCCACUCAUCAGCCAGAUGUAUAGUAGAGAGAACCAUUGGUAUACUGAAGGCCAGAUGGAAAAUUGUUUGCCAUGACAAAAGAAGUAGAUAUUCCCCUGUAAAAAUGGCGUUAUUCGGAAAUGUAUGUGCUGCCCUGCACAACAUUUGUAUCAAAUUUAAAGUGCCUAUGUAUACCGAAAAGGAUUUUAAUAUCGAAUCUGUCACAAUGGAAGUGGAAACAUCUAACCAUACACAACCCAAUAAGAUUGGUGAAAAAAUACGAAAUCAAAUAAAAACAUCUUUGUACCAAUCUAUGUAA